AUGGCCGCCCAUCGGAUCAGAGCGUCGGCCAAUAGCAACGCCUCGCUGCCUCGCUGCAGGUCCGAGGGGACGCUGAUCGACCUCGGCGAGGGCGUCUCCGAAUCCACUCUAGUUGAUGUCAAAGUGCCUUCUCCCAGUGCCUUACGCUUGGACACCAGCGCCUCUUUGGGCACGGCCCGGGAGGUGGUGGCCAUCAAAGACUACUGCCCGUCCAGCUUCACCACGCUCAAGUUCUCCAAAGGCGACCGUCUCUACGUACUGGACGCAUCGGGCGGCGAGUGGUUGUACGCCCACAACAACACGGAGAUGGGCUACAUCCCGGCCGCCUACGUCCAGCCCGUCGGCCUGCGAGACUCCUCCUUCGGCGACGCCGUCGAGGAGACUGCUUCGGAAAUGGACCUUCUCGGGGAGUGGCUUCCGACGCCCGCCCCUUUCCGCAACGGGAAUCCUUUUACCUCCACCAACCCUUUCCUGCGCGGGGUCCCCCAGAGCCCGCCGGACCAGAACGGCGAGCGGAAUUCGACGGACCUCCUUCUCUUUGACGCGCCGUCGGAAUCCUGCACCGCCGACUCGGACGGUUUCGCCGGCGCAUUUAACCCCGCGGGAGCCGGGCUCCGGAGGGACAACCCUUUUUUCAGAAGCAAGCGGUCCUACAGUUUGUCCGACAUGUCACUCCUGCAGGCCCGGUCGGACGACCCCGCCGGUUUCUUCGGCGGCCUGAAAGCCCCGGCGCCGGAGCAGUUCCAGAGCCGGGAGGAUUUCCGGACGGCGUGGCUCAACCACCGCAAGCUGGCCAGAUCCUGCCACGACUUGGACUCUCUGGGCCAGAACCCGGGAUGGGGUCAGACGCAGCCGGUGGAGACCAACGUGGUCUGCCGGCUGGACGGCUCGGGGGGCGCCGUUCGUCUCCCGGACACCGACAUCGUGGUCCACGUCCCCGAGGGACACGUGACGGAGGGGGACACCCAGCAGAUCUCCAUCAAAGCUCUCCUAGACCCGCCUCUGGAGCUGAACAACGACCGCUGCACCACCUCCGGCCCUGUGGUGGAGCUCAAGCUCAGCAACAUGGAGACCAAAACCGGCAUCACGGUGGAGAUGAAGGUCUCAGUGGAGGUGAGGGCGGAAAAGCGGGAGAGCACGCGCAUCCUCUGCGUCAGGAGCGACUGUAAAGAGGGACCUUACGCCCCCGUCUCGCAGACUCACCUGUACGGGGACACGGUCCGGGUCUCCUUGGACAACUUGGAACCCUGCAUGUACAUUUGCGUGACGGCGCAGUCCCCAAGCGCUUCUCCGGACUCCACCGUGUGGGAUCACGUGGCCAAGAAGAUCACGCUGGGGGUGUACGGACCCAAACACGUUCACCCCUCCUUCAAAACGGUGGUGGCCGUCUUCGGCCACGACUGCGCUCCCAAGUCGUUGCUGGUGAACGAAGCGGGCAAGCAAGGGCGGGCGUCGCCGCCCGUGGCCUUGCAGCUGUGGGGCCGACACCAGUUCGUCCUGGACCGACCCCGGGACCUCCUGCUGGGGAUGUACUCCAACAUGGCCAACUACGAGGUGAAGGCCACGGAGCGGGCCAAAGCGGUGCGGGGUUUCCAGCUCAAGCUGGGUAAAGUCAGCCGCCUGGUCUACCUGAUCAGUUCCCGCGACGGCGCCGAGGUUUCCGACUUCACCCUGAGGAUCCAGAUUAAGGACGAGCAGGGCGCCAUGCUGGCCCAGUUUUGCGUUCAGACGCCCGCGCCGCCUCCCAAGACUGGUCCCAAGACCUCGGCGCAGCGUCGCUUCCUGAAGAAGAAAGAAGUGGGCAAGAUCGUCCUCUCUCCGUUGGCAGUGGCCGCCAAGUACCCGGUCUUCCGGGACUGCAAGAUCACCGACCUGAGGUUCGGAAAACUGAUCAAGACGGUCGUCCGGCAGACGAAGAACAGCUACCUGCUGGAGUACAAGAAAGGAGACUUUGUUGCGCUUCUGAGCGAGGAGAAGGUCAAGUUGAAGGGACAGUUGUGGACCAAAGAAUGGUACGUGGGCUACUACCAGGGCCGCGUGGGACUGGUCCACAGCAAAAACGUGCUGCUGACGGGUAAAGUCAAGCCCGUUUAUUUCAGCGGGCCCGAGCUCACCGCCUCCUCCUUGCUGGAGCAGGUUCUCAGGCCCUGCAAGUUCCUCACCUACAUCUACGCCUCGGUCCGCACCGUCCUGAUGGAGAACAUCGGCGACUGGCGGGCCUUCGCCGACGCCCUGGGUUACCGGAAUCUGCCCGUCACGCACUUCUGCCGGACGCAGCUGGACAGCGAGCCGGAGAGGGUGGCCUGUGUUCUAGAGAAGCUGAAGGAGGACUGCAACAACGCCGACAGCAAAGAGCGAAAGUCCUUCCAAAAGGAGCUCCUCACGGCUCUGCUCAAGCUGGACUGCCAGGGCCUGGUGGCCCGUCUGCUGAUGGAUUUUGUGCUGCUGACCACGGCGGUGGAGGUGGCGGGACGCUGGCGCGAGCUGGCCGAGCGCCUGGCCAAGGUGUCGCGACGGCAGAUGGACGCCUACGAGGCGCCGCACCGCGACAAGAACGGCGCGCUGGACGGCGAGGCCAUGUGGAAGCCGGCGUACGACUUCCUGGUGACGUGGGCGUCGCAGAUGGGCGACAGCUACCGCGACGUGAUCCAGGAUCUGCACGUGGGCCUGGACCGCAUGAAGAGCCCCGUCACCCGACGCUGGAAGCACCUGAGCGGCGCGCUGCUCCUGGUCCAUUGUCUGGACGCCCUGCGGGGCGCCGCCUUCGCCCACGGCCGACAGCCCGACGGAUGA